CAAAGAGCACUAAAACACUACAUUCCAGAGACCCACAUUGUUGCUUCCCCUAUAAGGUCACUCUUUCAGACUAAAGUCACUUUUACAGACUGGUUGAUUCUGCCUCAUGACGAGGAAAUAACUCUUCUUGAGAUUAAUUCUGUACACCUCACUUCCUUUCUAACCUAGCCGGUACCACAUCGCAGACAAAGACCCUCACACGCUAUAGGAGAUACUACAACUCAUUACCAGAGCAGCAGCUGAGCAGAGUGAACGCUGUCAAAAUUGGACCCUGAACACACACAGGACAGCAGAGCAUGGGUCUCUCCGAAGGGUCCUUCUACACGGCCCUGGAGCUGCUGAUUGCGUCGUGCUGCGUCCUGGGCAACGCGGUGGCCAUCGCGGCGCUCCGGCGCACCAAGAGGCUGCGAGAGCCCACCUUCUGCUUCCUCACCUCCCUGGCGGCGGCUGACCUGCUGGUGGGCAGCCUGGCCAUCCCGCUGGCCGUGCUGGUGGACGGCCGGGUGGAGACCUCCGCCGGCGCCUGCCUGCUCUCCAGCUGCCUCCUCAUCCUGCCCACCCUGGCCUCCAUCCUGUCGCUGCUGUCCAUCGCCGUGGACCGCUUCCUCCGGGUCUACGCGCCCCUCAGGUACCGGCGGUCGGUGACGGAGCAGCACUCGUGGCUGGUGGUGGCGGCGUGCUGGGGGGCGGCCAUCCUCCUCAGCUUCACGCCCCUCCUCGGCUGGAGUCAGCAGAGCACCGUCUUGCCCGCUGCCCAUUCCCCCGUCUCCUCCACCUCCCCCGUCUCCUCCAACUCCCCCGUCUCCUCCACCUCCUCAGACUUCUCCACCUCCUCCAACUCCUCCUCCUCUUCUCCCUCCGCCGCCGUCUGCCUGUUCACCGACGUCAUCUCCAUGUCGUACCUGGUGUACUUCACCUUCUUCCUCUGCAACCUGCUGCCUCUGUGCACCAUGGCCCUGCUCUACUGCCUCAUCUUCCGGAUCGUCCGCAGGAGCCUCCGGGACAUGGCCGGACGCUCUGGCACCCCCAACGCGGAUUCCCGCAGGUACCUGAAGAAGGAGGGCCGGCUGGCGGCGUCGCUGGCUCAGGUCCUGGGCCUCUUCGCCCUCUCCUGGCUCCCUCUGCACCUCAUGAACUGCGUGGUGAAGUUCGGGGGUCCCCCGGUCCCCGUCGCCGCGUUCCACAUGGGCAUCCUGCUCUCGCACGCCAACUCGGCCGUCAACCCCGUGGUGUACGCCUUCCGGAUCCCCCGGAUCAGGCAGGCCUACCUGAAGAUGUGGUCGCAGGCCCCCGGGCGGCCCUGGUUCAGCCAGCCGGGGUCCAGCCACUCUUCAGACAACGGCACCAGCAGCAAAGAUGACAAGUUAUAGACUGGGCCCCUUGGAUUUGGAGGGCUUUCUUUUCACUUCUCGUUGAUUCAUAAUGAUAAUUGGUAAUGAUCGUUAUAUUAUUAUUUACAAGGUUGGUAUCAGUCUAAAAUGCAUAAUUUGGUAUUGUAUAAAUUAUACAAACAUUUCUAUAAUUUGUAUUUCUGAUUAUAUAAAUAUGAAAUCACUGUUUAGUGUUAACUAGGGUUGGACGUCACUUUGGUGAGUUUAGAACGUUUACUGUAAAAGAAAGUUAUCUUAACUCGUCACAAGUGCUGUGAGACUUGCUCCAAGUGGUACACUGACUGAAAAGAGGAAGGAAACAGGGUGACCCAUGCCCUAUAAAGAACCAGGGGAUAUAAACACACAAAAAAUACACACAGCUUGAAUUGUUUUGUCAUAUAUUUGACAAUGUGUUACUACUUUCUAUAGCUGGAUCAGAAAGCAGGAGUGCCAUGAGAUGCAAUCAAAACACAAUUAAUUCCAAACAACGUUUUUUGCUUUUAUUGCAUCUUUAAAUUAGGGAUUAUUCAUAAUACAAUGGGUUUUUCAUUGGUGACAUUAUUUCCAUUACAUUUAGGGCAUUUAGCAGUCGCUUUUAUCCAAAGCGAAAUCCACUGAGGACAUUUGUCAGAAGAAAGUGAAAUAACAAUAUAUAUCGCUGUCGGUACAGUACGGAUGGUCAUAGAACCAAGUGCCAAGCACUAACCAUCGAUAGGUUAACCAAUUCCCCAUUCAUAACAACGAUAACUUUAAAAAAAAGUUGUAGUGCAACAUAAUGUAAUGGGUAUAAUAAUGAUAAUGCCAGAUACAAUUCAUUAAAGUGUGAUUGAGAUGGGUUUUAUACUAUUUCUAUGUCUUUUGUAAGUCAAAUGGGACCUAAUAGAUUAGUCGUAAAGUGUGGUAACCUUUUGUAAGGCGAUUCAACAGAGUGUUAAACAAAACAAUAUCUCUACCACACACCGCACGUGCAUUUAGCAUCAUGUUAGUCUGGGAACUUCGUGCAAGAUCUAACAGCAGCACGUUGGAUGGGUAUGGCUGUGUGUGUGUGUGUGUGUGUGUGUGUGUGUGUGUGUGUGUGUGUGUGUGUGUGUGUGUGUGUGUGUGUGUGUGUGUGUGUGUGUGUGUGUGUGUGUGUGUGUGUGUGUGUGUGUGUAUGCACAUGUACUUGUUCGUAUGUGUGUGAGUGUACGUGUGUAUGUGAGUGUGUACGUGAUUACGUGUGAGUGUGAGUUGGUUUGGUUUCUGAGCGGUUUCGUUCAAAUCGGAACAGAAUGUGGUUUUCAUGUGGGGUAUGAAGCAAAGCCUUCAUGGUUUCAACUAGAAAUGGGACAAAGGUUGAUCGAUCCAAACUCACGCUUUGUAGUACGACUGUUGUGAGUGCUGCAAGAGAUGAGGCUCAUAAUGGGUGUGGUAAUAUUACAAUUCUUACGUUGUUUUCGGUUACAGCCUUCCGUACACGUAUCACUGCAUACAUAUCUGAUUAAUCAACACAAUAACAACCUACUAAUAUAUAUUAUAUAUAUCAUUAAUGAUUAUGGUUAUUAA